AUCACGUGACAUGCCUAUAUUCUUGUUUUGCUCAUCUCAUUUCCUACACGGUCUCCGAAAUUCUCAAUAUCGCCGUAAAAAUGGUGACACCGGAGAACUUGUCCGGCGAGACAGGUGCUCAAAGGGAGCCCAAAUUUGACCGGGAUGCGUCCACGACGGCCGUGGACACAGCAAUCGUGCUUCUCGGAGCCGGGGUGACAGCGAUCACACACCCGCUGCUGUACGUCAAACUGCUAAUUCAGAUUGGACAUGAGCCCCUCAUCCCAACUGUCGGAACCACCAUGUUUGGGAGGAAAGUGUUGUACCUCCCUGGAUUCUUCUCCUAUGCACAGCACAUCAUAAGGGUGGAUGGAAAGAGGGGACUCUUCCGAGGUCUGUCCCCUCGUAUUAUGUCCAGUGCCAUCUCUACCAUGGUCCGGAGUAAAGUCAAACAGGCCAUUCCAGCAGAGCAGGUAGAGAAUGUAUCAAACAGAGAUGACUUGAAGACCUCCCUCAGGAAAGUGGUCAAAGAGACCUCACAUGAGAUGGUCAUCCAGUGCCUGUCCAGGAUAGCCACUCAUCCCUUCCAUGUGAUCUCAGUGCGCUGCAUGGCCCAGUUUGUGGGGAGAGAGAUCAAGUACAGGGGGUUGUUCAGCUGCAUAGCCAACAUCUUCAAGGAGGAGGGCGUUGGGGGAUUCUUUGCGGGGGUUGUGCCCCAUGUCCUGGGUGAGGUCAUCUUCCUGUGGUGUUGUAACCUCCUGGCCCAUGUCAUCAACACCUACGCAGUGGACAACAAUUUCAGCCAAGCCCCAGCAGUGAGAAGCUACACUAAGUUUGUGAUGGGGAUUGCAGUGAGUGUGUUGACAUACCCAUUUAUGCUGGUGGCAGACCUGAUGGCAGUCAACAACUGUGGCUUAGUGGCUGGUGUUCCCCCUAACUCUCCCAUCUUCAAGUCCUGGGUGCGCUGUUGGGCUCACCUGAGCCAUGAGGGCCAUCUCUUCCGAGGAUCCAGCUUCUUCUUCCGCCGCGUACCUAUGAAAGCAAUGGCCUUGACUGCGGAGUGAUGUCAUCAACCACCGCACAACCUGUGCCACUGUUCUCCCUCCUAACUGGUACCUCAGUGAGACCAACGUGCAGCCCACCAAGUCAAACCUUCCCCUCACCGUAAACACCCUGGUGGGUACAGCAGGAGCAGCAAGAUAUCAAUGGGCUUGGUGAUCUACUGAUCUUUUUUUGCUGAAUCAAAGUUACUUACAAAAGACGUUGUUUUGUUAAUUUUGUUUUUAAUCUUAAGUAUUAGUGUAGCCACUCAAAAGUAAGAGGUUGGAGAAUUAAUGUGAGCAAAUCAAAAUGCUAUCCAAUAGAUGUCCUCUUGGUUGAAUGCUGAGAGUAUAAUCUCCUUUUACUAUCCCAGCCUAAAGUUGCAAAUGUUUUAUUUCUUUAUUCAAAUCUAUCACUUCAUUUUGCUAUUUAUUUAUUUUUAUAUACAGUUUAAUUAAGUUCUAUAUAGGCUUUGGAAUUGGAUAGUUGAUAACGUCAUCUAUUGAAAUAUGCCAAAUGUUUAUUUUUCAAAUGAUCUUCCCAGUAGCAUGAUAAGUGUGGUUGCAUACAAAGGGGAUCCUUUGCCUCGCCAAUUCAAAGGGGAUCCUGUGUCUCGCCAAUUCUUACAAAUUGCAGCUCCAGUGUUCGCCUGCCAUGAGAGGAGUAAGAAACGGGAGGAAUUCAGAGGGCAACCAGUGGUUUUCAGUGAUGUCUAAAAACUUAGCCUGCCAUCCAAAAAAGGUUUUCUCUGUGGCCAUUUUGACAACUGUCCUUGAUGUAUAAUAUAUCAAAUAAGUGAUAUAUCUAACUAGUGCAAAAUAAUGGGUAUGUUUGUGUUACCAAUGACAAAGAAAUGCUAAAUUAUGUGAUGACUGGCUGAGCAUUUUAUGCAUAUUAUGAUACAUUUUGCAUUCAGGCUAAGGGUGUGUGCCUGAUCUUUGAAACAACCAUUUCUGUUUGAGUUCCUUUUUGACUGCAGUUGAAGAUCCCAAUUAACCUGAUAGUUUACAGUUAACCACUUGUAGUAGGAUAUAAAUAAAAGGAAUCACCUUACCUCCUCGUUAACAUUAUCAUAUUGUGUCUCCCCCUGCCCCCGUGAUCAGUGUUAACCACAAAAUGAUCUUGACCGGGUUUGGUAUGGGCUGUUUUUGUGUCCUUAUUCCAGAUUUUUUUUGCAAUGGAUUGCUCUAAUCAUGUCUACUUGAAAUAAUGUGUGGGGAAAAGCUUGCAGAAGAGACAUGCUUUGCCAAGUGUGUGAGUGGGUUUAUUAUGUGUGCAUCUUUAUACCAUGUAAUUGAGAAUAUGGUGUCCAAUGCUGUAAUCUUUCUGUAUGUUUUUUUUCUCUCAAAAUGUCAUGAGUAUUCACUCUCGUGUGUUCCAGUCAAACAUUCCCUGUAAACUGUGAUCCCCGAAAGAGGGAGAAGCAAUGGCGAGGCAGUUGCUUUGCAACCUUGCAUUUCCGAUGUCUUAUUUUUCUGAAAUAAUAUGAAACCUGGCAUUCUUGUCUAUUCCACAGUAUCUGUGUUUGUUUUUAACCUAUCCUUUGAUCUGGUUUUAUAUUUAAAAAAUGAAAUGACAUGGAUGAUG